GGAUUCAGUGCGGCAUCAUUGCUUUUCUACGGUUGGCGCGGUGCUUUUUUUUAAGCUGGUAUGGUGAGAUGUAGGACGUAGCAAUAAUAUUAACGUCUUAGCUGAGCGAUAUGAUUAAAUACAAGUGUGAUGAUUCUUCAAGUCCGCUAUCAGAAUCUGAACUGGACCCAGAUCCUCUGCAUUAUCCACCACCUCCUCCUCUGCAAUUACCACAUCUGGAGAAACCGCUGCGCCAGGCCUUCUACAACACCGGAGCUCUAGUGCUGGUGGGACUAUGCUGUGGGGUGGGAGUACUCAUUUAUUUUAUCCUCGAGGCGUUUUUGCGUCCACUAUUGUGGGCUGUCCUAUGCGGCACCUUUUUGCACCCGUUCAAAAGUUCCCUCACGGCAUUUGGCCGUCGCUGGCUGCGUCGCCUCCGCCAUUCUAACACACCAGUAUUUUUGGCUACUUUCUUAUUGCCACUGUCUUUUGCUAAUGCGGCCGCCGAAACAUUGGGUAAUGAGAUCAUGCGGCGCCGUCGGCUUCUUCUCCUUUUGAGUGCAGGAAGUCCCGUUUUGUAUGGACUAUACUGCGUCGGUACUUCCUUUGGAGUCCAGGUCGCUCUUGAGUAUUCCGCCAGCAUCAUUUGCCGAGGAUUAGAUUAUUUCAGUAGCCGUUGGAUAUGGACCUUGAUAGCAGGCUAUUUGUUGACUGUGUUAUUCAGAUGGAACCAAAGCACGGAGCGUUACUUGAGAGCAGUCUCAGUUCCUCUCUGGAUUGUUCUGCUACUUCAUUUGGCUUCUGCAGCAGGAUCUUGGAGAAUUCCAAUUGUUGUGCUUAUAAUUGUCUUAAUGACUGUAGGUUUGCUUCAUGAGCAAUCAAAUGGAAAAGAGCCUCCAGAGGCACAACUUGUUGGUCAAGUAAUUUCCAUUGCAGCAUCUGCAGUUACCAUGGUAAUUUCAGUUACGUGUUAUGAAUCAAGUAAUGAAGAUCAUCCAUUACAAACCUCAGAAAUUAUAGAAAGUGAUGGUUCCUUAUCAGCAUCAUCCAAUGAGAAGAGCGGGCAGAGACCUGAGAUUGCAACAUUUUCUAAAAAGAAGAAAGCCAGUGACAUCUACUUUGUUCUGCUCAUAUGGAGUAUUGUAAUAGUCCAGAUUUGGUUUAAUUUCUGGAUAAUUCAAUUGCUGCCCUUACCUUUUGCAGUAUGGGUUUUAAAAAAACUGUUGGUCCACUUUGGAAUAGUGCAAUUCUCAUUGAUUUACUGCAGUACCUACUGGCAUAGUCUGGAAGAUUUUGUGAGACAACGUCAAGAAGUUCUUGUACCACAACCAGUUAAGGGGCUUGGAAGAAUUAUUCUCAAAUUAGACAGCAAGAUGAACGUGUGGUUGGAAAAAAUCCUAGAUAAAAUAAUUAGCAUAUUCAUUAUAUUUGUGCUAGUGAUAGGCACCCUGUUGCUUGCGCUGCUCCUUACAGCAAAGGUUCACCAGGAAAGUGUACAUAUGAUUGAGGUAACAAGCAGGUUGAUUAAUGAAACGGUAGCCAAUCACCCAGAAUGGGCCAAGUAAGUAAUGCCAUAUCUGAUAGGAUUUAAAUAUUCUCUUCAUUUUGAUAUUGAUCAUUAUUGUGCUGGGUAUGGAAAAUGUGAGAAAGAGGUUGUAAUUUAUUUUUGGCCUAUUGUUGAAUUUUGAAAGCAUUUGAAACCAAUAGGU